GAAAAGGUCAGCCCAACGACCGUAGAGAUUAUCUUGCGAUUGCGACAUGCACAUACCUCGUGUCGUCUUCCGGGCAUUCCUUCCCAAGUUCCCAUAAUAUUAUAAUAUGGAGCCGAACAGUCAUGGUCUUGGACUGCCUCUGCCCGUGAGUGGUUGGAGUAAAUUUCUUGACUGCUUAGUUUAUCAGCAAAGUGUGACAGAGGUUAAAAUGGAGACACCCUUCAAAAACCAUCGUCUCCUCCUCCCUCUCCUCCUCUUCUCCGUGCUUCUACUAAUCCUUAUAAAUCAUCCAUCGGAAGCGGAAGCCGAAGAUGCAGCAAUCAUAUCAAGAUUCCAACAAUACCUUCAGAUCAACACUGCACAACCCACCCCUCAAUACCAACAGUCGGCUGAAUUUCUCGUCUCCCAAGCCAAAUUCAUCGGCCUCGAAUCCCAAUCUAUCGAAUUUGUCCAAAACAAGCCACUCAUCCUCCUCAAGUGGCCUGGAUCUGACCCGACUCUCCCUUCGAUCCUUCUCAACUCACACACAGAUGUCGUCCCAGUAGAAAACCACAAGUGGGCUCAUCAUCCUUUUGGCGCCCAUGUUGAUUCUGAUGGUAAUAUCUUUGCUAGAGGGUCUCAGGACAUGAAGUGCGUUGGCAUGCAGUACUUGGAAGCUAUUCGUCGCUUGAAGUCGUCUGGGUUUGUCCCACUUCGUUCUGUUUACUUAUCCUUUGUCCCUGAUGAAGAAAUCGGUGGCCAUGAUGGCGCUGCGAAGUUUGCUGACUCUGAGAUCUUUAAAAGUAUGAAUGUUGGCAUAGUACUUGAUGAAGGGUUGGCAUCACCGAGCGAGCAUUACAGGACGUUUUAUGCGGAGAGGUGUCCUUGGUGGAUGGUGAUUAAGGCUACUGGGGCACCAGGACAUGGAGCUAAAUUGUAUGAUAAUAGUGCUAUGGAGAAUCUUUUGAAAAGUAUUGAGAGUGUGAGGAGGUUUAGAGCUUCUCAGUUUGAUUUGGUGAAGGCUGGCUUGAAAGCUGAAGGAGAGGUCAUAUCUGUCAACAUGGUCUUUCUUAAGGCUGGCACUCCUUCUCCUACUGGAUUUGUCAUGAAUUUGCAGCCAUCUGAAGCAGAAGCAGGUUUUGAUAUUCGAGUCCCACCAACUGCAGAUCCAGAAUCUUUGGAGAGACGAAUUGCAGAAGAGUGGGCUCCUGUUUCACGUAAUAUGACAUUCCAGUUUAAGCAGCAAGUUUCAAUACAUGAUAAGUCUGGGAGGCCAGUAGUUACGAAGACUGACAGUUCUAAUCCAUGGUGGAGCCUGCUUGAGGAAGCUGUCAGAAAAGCUAAUGGAAAACUUGGUAAGCCAGAGAUCUUUCCUGCGUCAACUGACGCACGCUACUUUCGGCAACUAGGCCUGCCAGCAAUUGGCUUCUCUCCGAUGGCGAACACACCUAUACUACUGCAUGACCACAAUGAGUUUCUGAACCAAGACGAAUACCUGAAGGGCAUCCGUAUUUAUGAGGAAAUAAUUAAAGCUUAUGCAUCUUACAUCGAGCACACAAGCAAUGGAAGCACAAGGGAUGAGCUGUGAGGGAGCUAGUGAGCAUCAUCUUGUGUUGAGUGUUGAGAUACAUGCAACGGAGGCUUCAUGUAGAGUUGUAAGCGAGCAGCAUCACUCGUCACUAUACAUGUUCUAUGAGUUUCUUGUAGUGAAGCCCAGUGAGAUUUGGCAUUAGCAAAAUUCUCAGUGAUGUAUCAAUAAAUGGGCGGAAGUGAACUUAAUUUGGUCUUUGUAAAAUACCUACUCAAUUCCUCUUCACUUUGAACCUGCCUAAAACGGUCACUUGUUCAUGAUCUUGCAAAAUUUUUAUAUCUGAUUAGUGAUGGAUCAA